GAUUCGCAUUCGAACUUGGACUCUCUGCCACAGGAAUGAAUGCUUAUCAAAAAGGCGCACUUGUACCUGUCAUAAAACCAACUGAAAUAUUGGCGUGGCACAGCCAACAGAAAAGAGACCCCAAAAACCAGAGAAACAGAAAGAGAAACAGGAACAAGUGCGAGUCCUCGCCCUCACCCUCACCCUCUCCCUGGUGGCUUUUGCAGUUAAUUCUUUUUUAAUAAACUGCACAAAAGUCCACUCCAGGUGGAGACCAACAGAAAACUGAAAGAGAAAAAGGAGUGUGGAAUGGCGCCCCAGGAGUUGUCGUCCCAGGACUUGUGGCCAUCCAUUUAUCUCACUCGACAAGGCAAAUAUGGAAAUUUGUUGGCCAAGAGUUGGCGGCUCUUGGCGGCUCUUGGCGGCUCUUGGCGGCUCUUUGUGUCGUGCGCUUAAACCGCUUCAUUAAACACUUGGCGGCCCGGUUCCACUGUGUGUAUGUGUGUGUCCUGGGCAGGUCUCCUGACUCCAAGUGCUCUUUAUGCUCUGGCGCUACAAUUCAUUUCUGCGGCUGCGGAAAAUGUUUAGAAAAAGGAGCGAAAAAUGGAACCGCAGCAGGACUAAUUAUAAAGAAUGAAAAGAAGGAGACGGUGGAGUGUACUCCGGACAAACAAAAUUAAUGCUGAAACCAGGACAAAAGUUAAAUAGGACCAACAGGACAAACGAAACAGCGAGAAAGGCAUGGAGAGAGCUGCGGGGCUGAUCCAGGCUAAAUAGAUGGAAACACACAAUUUUUUCGUGACGGAGUUUAUUUUCAAAGCUGGAAAUUGCUCUGAAAAAACUUUCAUUGAGCAACAGCGAGGAACAACAAGAGGAGAUCGCGCCGCAGCCCGUAGAGGAGCAGGAGCAGGAGCAUCUCCAUCUCCCAGAGGGUGCAUCUGCUCAAACGACUGGCAAAAGUUUGUUUAAUUCUGUGAUGAACAAGAGAAAGAACCCAGAGACGAUUGCUGUCGAAUGGUUGGAAAUGUAUAAAAAGUGUCACUCCACGGCGAUGGUGCGACUGCUGCAACUGCUGGUGGAGGCAAGUGGCAGCAAAUAUCUGAUACCACACGACACCAGGGCUCCCUUCAAGUACAUGGACAUACUGCUGGCGGCCACGCAUGACUUUUAUUGUGUUAGCAAAUUGUAUCCUUUGAUUUUAAAGGAUGCCAGCUGCACUGCCGCAAAGCUCUGCUCCUUUGUGCAGUGUCUAGUGAAGGUCAUCGAUGCCAAAGCACAGGAGGAGAUGUCUCUGGAUAUUUUCCAAGAGUUUUCAUCAUUUAUUUUAGUCUUUUCGGACUCGAAAGUGCGUGCAUUUCGCCACACGAGCACACUGAUGGGUCUCCAAUUGAUGACUUCCCUGCUGACCCUGGAAGCGGAGAAACUCAACCAACUUGCGGAUAUCUGGCAGAAAAUGAAGCACAAACUGUUUGCGAUGCGUCGCGUGGACUUUGUGGAGGCCAUACGCUGCAUGUGCUGCACCGAGUUCGGCCUGUGGCUGGCAAAUUAUCCAGCGGUGGCCUUCAAGCUGGCGGCCUCACACAUGUACUGCCUGUUCGAGGCCCUGCAUGACACAUCGCCAAAGGUGCGCGAGUGCUGUCUGUUGGGUAUAUCGCGUCUGUACACCACGGAUCCACGUGUGCACUUCGCAUGCCUGCAACUGGCGGAUAAAUACAAGCAAUCGGUGCUGCUCAUUGCUGCCGCGGAUAAGGAGUGGCAGCUGUGCGAGCUGGCCAUACGCCUGCUCCUGACCUGCCUACGCGAUUCGCCCGAUCUGCUGUGCGACGAGGAGUUUGCCACCAUCGAGGGCAUGAUGUUUGAUCAGAAUCGAGGCGUGGCCCAAGCAGCCGCCGAGGUUUUCGUGCAGCAUCAUCUCAACGACGAGGAGGAUGAAGCGACUCGGAUACGGCGCGUGGUGAAGUUCUUCAGGGAGUGUCCAGAGCAUGAGCAUGCCGCAUAUCUGGUGGAUGCCCUGAUCGAAAGGAGCAACGUGGUCAUUGCCUGGGCGCCCAUGGUGGAGAUGCUGCUCAAUGAAGAGCAGCCGCAGCAGCAGCAGAGGGAAGAGGAGCAACAGAUUGAAGAAUCCAUCAUCAUUGAGAUACUAACACGUGCCGUCAGGCAAUCCAUAACCGGAGAGAUACCCCCCGGACGCUAUACCAAGGAUCUGGUCAGAGGAGAGCCCAUGGCAGGGGUCAAGCAGACGGCCACACAGAUCCUGGCGCCCGUGAUGGCCAAACUGCUGCGCAAGCACAAAGGAAACAUCGCAAAUCUCACGAAUCUGCUGGAAAUCCCCAGAUAUUUUGAACCAGAGGCCGAGGAGAAUGUCAAGCACUUGCCGCAGCUGAUCAAAUGGCUGCAGAACAUACUCUUCCAUCAGACGGACUUGGCGCUGAUACGCACGGCCGCCGAGACCCUGGAGAGGAUCUACAUGCCUGCGAUCUGGCAGGAGCUAGAGCAAAUCCUCAGCACGGCCGUGACGGCCUAUCGAAUGGAAUUAGGGAAAUGGUAUGCGGCUGUGAGGGCCAAAACCACCAAUAAGAGUCGCGCCAAACGCCUGAUUGAGCACCUGCAACGGCUGGCCGUGCUCUGCCGACACUUUGACCUCACGAAAUGUCAACUGUUGGACCCCGCCCUGCAGAAACUGGAGCAGUGUCUCACGGAAGAGGGUCACAGACUGCCACGCGGCACCAUCCAUUUGUAUUUGGAGAUAUGCUUCCAUCUCCUCAUUUGGCAGCAAAGGAAAAUGCUGAAAGAUGCAGCCAGCGACAGGGAUAUUCAGGAGCUAAGCGAAGGUCUAAAAGUCAGCCUGACGGCGGCAAUUCGAUUGGCAUUCAAAGUGAUCAACUGUAUGCCGAGCAGAUCCUUUCCAUAUGCCGCGACCAUCAUCUGUGAUCUGUUUGUGCUGUUUGGCUAUCACCUGCAACAGCACACCAAUGCGGCAGUGCGCGCUGUGAUGUAUCAGCCAACGAUCCAAGAGUUUGAGCUGCUUGAAGAUCAUUUGAUGCAGCAUCUAUUCAAUGCAGAGCCCGAGGAACUGCAGCAAGAGCAGGCUUUCGAUGAGCUGCAAAAGAAGCGUCUGGCAUUGGCAGGUUACUGCAAAUUGGUGGCCUUCAAUGUAGUGCCCGUUAUGAGGUUCCGUUUUGUGUUGCAGUUCUACGACAAGUUCUAUGAUACCUUUGGCGACUUGAUGCGCUCUGCCAUGGAGAAGGCUUUGGACAUUAAUGCCACCAACUAUGGCAUGACACUGAUGCACACAUGCAUGCGGGUCUUUUCGAGGGUGCAGAAAGGACAGGAGUCACUCGAAGAUCUCCUCAAACUCUGCAAUCGCCUGGCAGAGACACUCAACUCUGAUCUGCUGAAGAGUCGCAAAGCAGUGCUCGCCUUGCAUCGCGCUGGCAUUUAUUUUGCCUCGCAGCGGCAGGAGGAUAGCGUGGCGGGUGCGCCACCCGACAUGCUGCUGUUUUUGAGCGUGCUGGAGGUGUUUGUGCCCCAGCUACUGUCGCAGGAUAAAAUUGUGAUUCUGAAGCUGCUAAGAACGAAAAUUCCGGCAGAGUUACCGUCGUGUCGUCGCGAGCAAUGGAAGCCCUUGGAAUGCUAUCGCAUGUCCCUGGAACUGGCCCUCAAACUGAGUUGUCGCCGCUUGGAGUACGAGUCCAUGGAGCAGGACUAAGGAUUGUUUAAGGUAGGACACACAUGCUCUAAGGAUACAUUUGGCAUUCUAUUGCACCCACGUUUUAUAUGAAAAUAAAAUUCCCUGUGGCAUUGGCACUGCAAUUUCAUCUACU